AGCCGAGAGACACCGCAGCUGCCCGGGGCGGCCAGCCCGACCCCAGCGAGGGGGAGGGCUGGGCAGCGCAGGGACCCACCCUCCCAACGAGCAGCCCCAGCCUCCCGCCCGCUCAGCACCCGCCCAGUGCAGCCCCCGCUUUCUCCCGCCGGGUGCGACUGGAGAGGCAAAGCGCGGCCACCGCGGCGAGCGGGAGGGACCCGGGCUGAGCAGGGGCCGCUCCCCGCGUUGCCCGCCCGCGCGGGACGCUGCGUGUGUCUCAGGUGGGCAGAGGCUGCGGAACUUCCCGGGAAGCGCGAGCGGGAGCGAGACGGAGGCGGCGGCCGCAGCAGCAGGGGAUGGUGGUUGGCACCCGCCGGAGGACAGCAGCCCGCUAAUGUCAACAUGAUGUCACCUGUGAGUGAUAUGUGGUACUAUCACUGGAAACGGAAGCUGCCGCACUUUCUGUAUUUAUUUACUAUCUACAUGAUAUGUGUGCAGGAUUUGGUUCUUGGAUGCUCUGACUGCAGGAUAUCGCUGUCCAACCCCACGGGAAUCUUCACCUCUCCCUGCUUUCCCAGUGAUUACCCUAACAGCCAAGCAUGCAAGUGGAUCCUCCGAGCUCCUCCUGGAUUCAUCAUUCAGAUAACAUUUAUUGAGUUUGACAUUGAAGAAGCUCCAAACUGCAUUUACGAUUCAUUAACUCUAGAUACUGGAGAGAAUCAGGUUAAGUUUUGCGGCGUCACUGCCAAAGGAUUAUCAUUUAACUCCACUGGAAAUGAAAUGAUAGUAUCUUUUGCAAGUGACUUUAGUAUCCAAAAGAGAGGCUUCAAUGCCAGCUAUAACCGAGUUGCUGUUUCUCUGAGGAAUCAGAAAGUCAUCAUCCCCCAAACUUCAGAUGUUGACCCUGUGUCUGUGGCAAAAACUGUCCCAGUGCCAGAGCUUAGCCAGUUCACACUCUGCUUUGAAGCAACCAAAGCCAGCAAUGCUGCCAAUGACUGGAAGGCUUUCUCCUACAGUGAUCCUUUGUCAACAGAACUCCUCAGUUUUGGAAAGACUACAAAAGGCCACUUCCUAUCAAUUUCAGGCACAGAGUGCAUACUAGACAGUGUCCUCAUCACAAAUUCAGAUGGAGAUUUUUUCACAGAAACUUUUGAACAAUUGUGCAUAGUAUGGGAUGGCUUCUCUGGCACUAUAGGUGUAAAUGGCAAGAGCAUCUAUCACACAGUUCUCUGCUCAGGUACCUUUGGCCAGGUUAUCCCCGGCAAUGGAAGAUUGGUGUUGGGCUCUGACAGCAAUGAAAUAAGCUCUUUAAAUGGGGAUAUAUACAACUUUCGUCUCUGGAACUUCACCAUGAGUUCCCAAAAGCUGUCCAACCUCAGCUGUGAUGUGAAAGGAAACAUUGUAGACUGGGAAAAUGACUUCUGGAGUAUCCCAACUUCAGCAUUGAAAGCGGAAAACAACUUAAGCUGUGGUUCAUACCUAAUUCCCCCACCUACAACUGAACCAACUAGUUGUGAAAAUCUUGGAAGCCUUUGCCAAGCUACUACUACUGUAAAUGCUACUACUCCUCCACCACCCACUGUCACCACUAACAUGCCCGAUACUAAUAGAACCGAUAAGCCAAACGAUGGGGGGCUAUUCUACAGGAUUUCCAUUACUGUCUUCAAUUACAAGUCCAUUUUAGAGUCAAAAGUACAGAGUGUGGUGGCCGAAUGGCUAAAUAAGACCUUCCAGAACUGGAAUUAUACCGUGUAUGUGGUCAAUAUCAGUGUUCAGCCAACCACUGUGAAUGAACUGACAAGGGAGAAAAGAAGCAUCUCUGAUCAAAGAUUGGUGGUUUGGGCUCUUCUGGUUUACAACUCCACCAACAACAUCAGUUUAGAAGAGCAAGCCAUCCGGCAGAAACUCAUAAGCAAUAAUGAAACCAUAGGGGAUGGACUGAGGGUCCAUACAGUGGAUGUUGAUCCAGUAGAAAAAUGUACAGCUGAAGAAAACCCUCCAAACUAUUUCUGGCCAGAUACCAGGCCCACUGUAACCAAUUUUACAUUGUGCCAUGGGAGCUCAGUCCAGAUUGCAUCAAGAACAUGUUUUUUAAACCCGUACAACUAUACAUCAUACUGGGGCCAACCUGAUCUUAGAAAUUGCACAGAAAAUGCAGCUGAUAUAGCCAAUCAACUUCUGAACCUCACUGGUGAAGGGCAGCAGCUGACCUCAGACAAAGUCAAUGAUGUUGUGCAGAAGCUUAAAAAAAUUGUGAAUGAUGAAGAAAUUGAUGAGUCUUUGGGUUCUACUGUGGUGACAAUUUUUUCCAAUAUUUUAACAAGUUCAGACAGUGUUUUGGCAGCAUCAUCUUCUGAAGCUUUAAAAACUAUUGAUACCUUAGCCUUAAAGAUUCAGUUCACUGGACCAUCCAUGAGCAUCUCAACUCGGAACUUGGCACUUGGAGUUUCUUCUAUUAAUUCAACUUCAUUUAGUGGAUCCUCCUUCAGUGUUGGUCCCCAGAACAAUGCUUCAGAUUUUCAGUUAGAUUUUGACAAGAAUCAGGGAAAUGCCCUGGCUUCUGUUGUUCUGCCCUCAAGUUUACUGAAGAAUUUAAGUCAAGAUGAGUUUGAAGCUGUAUCUAGAGCUCAGUUUACAUUCUUCAACAAAAAUGGACUUUUCCAGGAUGCAGAAAUGAAUGCCAAUUUAACCAGUUUUGUAGUGGCAUGCAGUAUUGGAAAUGUUACCAUCCGGGACCUUCAGGAUGCUGUCAAAAUUACAAUUAAACAUACCCUAUUCCAGGAGGAUCUUAAUCCUACCUGCGUCUUCUGGGAUAUGAACAAAAACAAUGGUAAUGGUGGUUGGAACUCCACAGGCUGCAUUGCACAAGCAGAAUCAAGCGAGAAUGAGACAGUUUGCUUAUGCAAUCACCUCACACACUUUGGGGUGCUGAUGGACCUCCAGGGAACUGCUUCACAAAUAGAUCCACAAAAUAACAAAGUCCUCACCUUUAUCACCUACAUUGGUUGUGGGAUAUCUGCCAUAUUUUCAGCUGCAACUCUUCUGACAUAUAUUGCUUUUGAGAAGUUACGAAGAGAUUACCCCUCCAAAAUCUUAAUGAACUUGAGCACAGCCUUGCUCUUUCUCAACCUGGUCUUCCUGCUGGAUGGUUGGAUAGCAUCAUUCAACAUAGAAGGCCUCUGCAUAGCUGUUGCUGCCCUUUUGCACUUUUUCCUUCUGGCCACCUUUACCUGGAUGGGACUGGAAGCAGUCCACAUGUACAUUGCUCUAGUAAAAGUGUUCAACACCUACAUACGGCGAUACAUACUGAAAUUUUGCAUUAUUGGCUGGGGUUUACCAGCUCUAGUGGUCACAAUUGUAUUAGCAAGCACAAAUACAAAUGCAAGUCGUGUUUAUGGCAAAGAUUUAUAUGGCAGAGGUGCUAAAGAGCAAGGAGGAGAUGAUUUCUGCUGGAUCAAGGAUAAGGUUGUCUUUUAUGUGACUUGUGCUGGUUACUUUGGAAUUAUGUUUCUUAUGAACAUAGCCAUGUUCGUGGUGGUGAUGGUGCAGAUCUGCGGGAGGAAUGGGAAAAGAAGCAAUCGGACCCUGCGGGAAGAGGUCCUAAGGAAUCUUCGUAGCAUGGUCAGCCUGACCUUCCUGUUGGGCAUGACAUGGGGUUUUGCCUUUUUUGCCUGGGGGCCCUUAAAUCUCCCUUUCAUGUACCUCUUCGCAAUAUUCAAUUCAUUGCAAGGUUUAUUUAUAUUUGUAUUCCACUGUGCUAUGAAAGAGAAUGUGCAGAAACAAUGGAGGAGACAUCUCUGCUGUGGCAGAUUCCGAUUGGCAGACAACUCAGACUGGAGCAAGACAGCAACUAAUAUUAUAAAGAAAAGCUCAGACAAUCUUGGGAAAUCUUUGUCCUCCAGUUCUAUUGGUUCCAACUCAACCUACCUGACAUCCAAAUCUAAAUCCACUUCAAAUACAUACUUCAAAAGAAACAGCCAUACAGACAAUACUUUUGUUGACAAGCCCGCAUCAAAAUUUGCCCAAGUGGAUGGAGAGCAGACACCAAUCAUCCCAGUCCAUCAGGUUAUUGACAAAGUCAAGGGGUACUGCAGUGCUCACUCAGACAACUUCUAUAAAAAUAUCAUGAUGUCAGACACAUUCAGCCAUAGCACAAAGUUCUGAUUGGGUUUCUGAACUUCUGAACCACAGAGACAACAUGAAGCCUGGAGAUUCUAAACAAUGGAAUACUUGGAGACUGAGUGGGGAGAAUUGUAUUACUAGAUGUAGUCAUUUUUCCCAUGGUAUAUUGUCAUCCUCUUCACAGCUUCUUCUCGAGAAAAGGUUUUUU